AUGACGACGUUAAAGAUGAGAAUUUCAGUGAACAAAAGGAAAGGAGAUGAUCGGGAAAAGGGUUUGAAGAUCACGAGGAAUCUACUCAUCACUCACAACAACAAGAAGCUUGAAUCCAAGAAGCGUGAAUGUUCUGAUGAUUUCAACGGAAAAGAAAUUAAGAGGCGGCGGAAAAGUGUGGGUUUAACGCAAGACUGCAAGGCAACGAUGAUUCACAGAGGUGGUAGGUACUGGGAUUGCCAAAACAAACCUAAGACAAGUCAUCGAGGUUAUCUGCCAAAUCAUUCUUCUUCAUCACCGACUGCCACCAUUCACAGAAGUGGGAGGGAUCGCCAAAACAAACCUAAGCCGAGUCAUCAAGGUUGUCUGCGGAAUCAUAGGGAUUGUAGGUCGUCUCAUCAUUCUUCUUCAUCACCGACUGCCACCAUUGUUGCUGCUCACCGGUCUUCUCGUCAUUCUUCUUCAUCACCCACUGCCACCAUUGUUGCUGCUCAGCGGUCUUCUCAUCAUUCUUCUUCAUCACCGAAUGCCACCAUUGUUGCUGCUCAUCAGCUUUCUCCAACAAAGGAACUACGUGCUGCGAUGAUGAAGAAACGAUAUGCACAUCUCAUUUUCAAAGUAAAGCAUCAUCUAAAGCAGAGAGAUAUUGCUGACCAUUUGAAGCAACAAGAAGAAAUUAGGAGGCUGGAGAUUGCAGAGAAAGCCAAGAUUGAACAAGAAAUCAAAGCUGCCCAAACACUUGUACAGAUGAGGACAGAAGCCGAGCAGAAAAUCCAGAGAGUAGCUGCCAGAAUCGCAUUGGAGAAGAUGGAAAAGAAUGUUGAAUUCAACGAUGCAUUGCAAACAAUGAGAGAUUUUGAGAGUUUGUUGAAUGCUAUUGUUUGUUAG